AAGGAAGAGAUUUCGCACAGGGAGGAAAGUCAGUUGACAGCAGAAAUCACACCCAGGCCAGUGUCAAGUCUUAAAACAUUUUCUAUCUUAAUAAAUCUGUCCUGCAUCGCAUUCUGCUAUUUGGACGUAGCAGGAGCUCUCAAGGUAUGGAAGAUGGCAGCAACUGAAACGCAGUUUAUGUUAAGCGUCGGAUUAAUCGAGAAAGAUGUGAAUGGAGACACACUGUGGGUAUGGUGCUAUCCCUCUGUGGGCUCAGACCUGAGGCAAGUCCUGCUCAGCAAGUGCUGUCUGACACGGGACGGCCGGGAUUUCCACACCUUCGUGUUUGGUCAGUUCUGUCGCACCUGGUACUACAUCACCACAGUGGAGGUUCAGGAACCUACAGCACUAAACAAGGUCACUCAUUUUUCAAUAGUUGUUACGGCAAAAGACUUCAACCCUGAGAAGUAUGCUGCACUCAGUAGAAUACUCUGCAGGAUGUACAUCAAACAUGGCAGUCCAGUGAAGAUGAUGGAGGCUUAUGUCACCGUCCUCACCAAAGGAAUUUGCCAGAGUGAUGAAAAUGGCUCAUUUCUAAUUAAGGACUAUGAUGUUCGGAAAGCGUACUUGGCCGGUUCAGUCAAAGACGUGGUGUCUCAGUUUGGUAUGGAGACGAUCAUCCUGUAUACCGCUCUCAUGCUGAAGAAGAGGAUCGUUGUCCAUCACCCUCGGAUUGAAGCGUUGUUGGAGUUUACAAGAGUUCUGCCCUCCCUGACGUGGCACAGGAAAGACUGGUCCAUCCUUCACCCGUAUGUGCACCUGACUGACGCUGAACUAGAGGAUCUGAAGAAAUGCCCCGGUUAUGUAGCAGGGUUUGUAGAUCCGGAAGUGAGCAACAGAUCGGACCUGUUUGAUGUGUAUGUGAACCUCCCGGACAGUGUCAUCACAGUAUCCCAGAGUGCCAAAGAGGCCAUGGCGAUGGGGAAGUUGCACAAGGACAUCGGGCACCUCAUUGUCCAGUCUGCAGAGGAUGCUGAGAGGUCAGACAGUCAGGUCAUUAAGGAAAUUUCUGUCAAGACAAAAGAGAUCCUCGCCAACUUGGCGGCCCUGGCUGACGAGUGUGAAGACUCUAAAAUCACGUUGGAAGGUUUAAAGCAGCAUCACUUCCCUCCGGCGACAGAGAACUUCCUCUUUCAUUUGGCAGCUGCCGAGCAGCUGUUACGGAUAUAAAGCUGUGUUUUUAGACACCGUGCUGCAGGAUGACGUUACUGUCAACAGCAUGGACUCUGGCUCCGCUGUUCGGGAUAACUCCUGCUGUCUGAAAGGCUUGUGCACACUCUCAAGGCACUUUCUCACAGAAAUCUUCAUGUGAGGUAGGAAAGUGUUAUUGCCAACAAAUCCCAUUAAAAGACCAAACCCAACAAUGAACUGAUCCUACGAAGCAUUGUGGUAUGAUAUGUCGUAUUCCUUUGAGCUCCAUUGUUUUUUUUAACACAUCAAUGAGACACACUGUUGCACCGGUUGACACGUUCCUUCACUACCAUGAACAUGGGCACUGUAGUUCAUUUUGAGUCAGCUCUGCUGCCAUAAAUACUCACUACUGCAACAAAUGUGUUAAUCCCCAGCUGAAAAUAGUCCCCAAUAAAUGCACUAUUUACUCGGUUGCUAAAAAUGACAGUGCCCAGCUGUUCUGAGAAAUUACCUUUUUAUUUAUUUAAGAAAUAAAGUGUAUUUUUGUGAUUAUUAUGAAAAACUUGCGUCUUCAGCAGGAACCAGUGGAAUUGGAACUGAGCGCCACAGACAGUAGGAAAGUCAGAAAGUACGUAAAGACGGACACCAGCUUGCUGUUGAUUUUGGUCUUUUCGUGGGAUUUGGUAACAAUAAUAUACAUAUUAGAUAAUGCCAGCCUUGUCCUUUUAACAUGAAGUAAUAAGUUAUGGACAGUAUUUGUCUCUAACAAUAAGCUGGUAAUGUUUCAGCUGCUACAUCUGAUAGUGCUUUCCAGAUGUUAGCUCCCACUCCACACUGCAAAACUGCACUAACAUACAUCACAGAUGUUGUUCCUGG